AUGUUUAUCUCGUCUUUGGCUAUGCUGGCCUUGUUGCCAUCCGCGAACGCUCUUGUGAGGAAGGAUGGAGUGGGUCGAUUGCCAGCACUCGGUUGGAAUAGUUGGAACGCCUUCGGAUGCGAUGUAAACGAAGAUAAGAUCAUGACUGCUGCCAAUGAGAUGGUCAAGCUGGGGCUGAAAGAUCUUGGAUAUGAAUACGUGAAUAUCGACGACUGCUGGUCCAUGAAGACCGGCCGCAACAGCAUGACAGGUCGUCUGAUGCCUAAUAUGACCUCGUUUCCCGACGGCAUCUCGGGUGUUGCGGAUCAGGUACACGGUCUUGGUUUGAAGAUCGGCAUUUACAGCAGUGCCGGCGAGACUACCUGUGCAGGCUAUCCUGCUAGUCUUGGACAUGAAAGUCUCGAUGCCGAAACUUGGGCGGGAUGGGGAAUUGACUACCUCAAAUACGACAAUUGCGGUGUGCCAUCUAACUGGACUGAUCAGUACAAUUUCUGUGUACCUGACGGCUCGGGCAACUUCCCUAAUGGAACCUGCCCCAAUCUGUCCAAUCCAGCUCCUGCCGGCUAUGACUGGACCAGUUCCAAUACAUUCAAGCGCUACACCGCUAUGCGUAAUGCUCUGCUUGGCGAGAAAAGAACUAUCCUCUAUUCCCUAUGUGACUGGGGAGACGGGGAUGUCAACACCUGGGGUAAUGAAACGGGUAACUCGUGGCGCAUGUCUGGCGAUAUUAGCGCAUCUUGGAGCCGCAUUGCGGCGAUUACCAACGAAAACAGCUUCAAAAUGAAUUACGUUGGUUUCUGGGGUCACCCCGAUCCCGACAUGCUUGAAGUUGGUAACGGGGACGUGACCGACGCUGAAGCGCGCUCCCACUUUGCUCUGUGGGCAGCCAUGAAGGGUCCUCUGAUCAUCGGCACUGAUCUCGACACGCUGAGUCAGGCCAACCUGGCCACGAUCAAGAAUGAGUACCUCAUCAAAUUCAACCAAGAUCCGGUCGUCGGUCGAUCCGCUCACCCUUACAAAUGGGGAUAUAACCCAGACUGGACGUUUGACCCAGUUCACCCAGCCGAGUACUGGUCGGGCCCAUCGUCGAAUCUCGGGGGAACUCUUGUGUUGAUGCUCAACUCGGAGAACUCCACUGCCACUCGUACUGCGAUCUGGGAAGAGAUCCCCGAGCUCAAGGGUGGUAGUUCGUAUCAUGUAACUGACGCUUGGAGUGGAAAAGAUCUGGGUUGCGUCAAGUCGCAGUAUAGCUCGACUCUGGCGAGCCAUGACUCGGCGGUGUUGGUGGUCAAGGGCUGUUGCUAG